UCUAGGAGGACAUACAUUUUGAAAGAGGAGUAUUUAAUAUUUUAUCCGGAUGUAAAGUGAAAGCAGAUAACAGACAACACAUUCAAAGCUAAAUCCAAAGAUGGGGAAUACACAGAGUGUCCUUGAGAAGAAAGGAUACACUAUCCUGAGGAAGGUAGAGAAUGGUGUCAUUGCUACUGACAAAAAUGGGGACCAGUUUGUCAUUAAAGAGAUCAAACGGAAUGAGAACUCAGUCAUGAACUCCAGUGCUGGAGACAUAAUCGAUGAGGUUGAAACUCUCCUGCAGAUAAAUCACCCCCAUAUUUCAAGCCACAAGAACUCUUUCCAAGAUGAUGAAAGUUACUAUGUAGUGAUGGACCAUUGUGACGGUGGAAAUCUUGCACAGAAGAUCAAAGAGGGGAACCCAUUUUCAGAAGAACAGAUCAUAGACUGGUUUGUCAAGAUCUGCAUGGCCCUGAAGCAUGUCCAUGGCCUGGGCCUUCUUCACAGAGACCUCAGACCACAGAAUAUAUUCCUCACAAAAUUUGGGACACUUUGUUUGGGAGAUUUUGGAAGAGUCAAUGAAAAUGCUUCCCCAUCUGGAUCUUCAGACGAUGGAAUGGUGGGUUAUUUAGGCCCAGAGAUUCUGACUGGUGGAAUUUAUGACACUAAAAGUGAUAUUUGGUCCUUGGGAUGUGUGCUGUACGAGUUGUGUAUGCUUCAGAGUGCAUUCACUGCAGCAAGCACAAUCAAGCUCAUUCCCAAAAUACUGGGGGGUCCUUACCCAUCUCUCCCAGAGAGUUUCUCACCUGAGCUCCAUCGACUACUGUGUGACAUCUUCCAACAAGAACCGACAAGUAGACCUUCAGCUGGUGAAAUCCUGGCAAAACCCUUCAUUAUUAGUUUCCUCACAAAAAAGAAUGAAAAAACUGUGAAGGAGCUCCAGACAAACUUGAACAUUCUGAGAACUCUGGCAGACGGCUUGGAGUGUGUGCACCAGGGCACCACCAUAGGCAGUCUGACUGGAGGUGUUAUUGGGGCAGCUGGAGGAAUCACUUCCAUAGUAGGCCUCAUCCUGGCUCCCUUCACUCUGGGCGCCUCCCUCAUCGUUACAGGAGUGGGUGUUGGGGUGGCUGUCGCUGGUGGAGCCACAGCCGGAGUUUCCAACAUCACCAACAUGGUCAAUCAGUCUACCGACCGCAAAGCCAUCAACAACAUCAUCAAGGAGUUCCAGGAGAAGAUGAACUUUGUGGUGACAUCUCUACAAAACAUCGCUGAGGGUUUGGAGACACCGCAGAUGAGUGGCUCCUUUACCACAGAAAGAGGCAUUUUAAAUGCAGAGAAGCUAGCAAAUACUGGGGCGAGGGUUGGGAGGGGCCUAGGGAGCAUCCCAGAGCUUGUCCGAUUGGUCCAUGUGGCCUCCAUUGGCAAGGUGGCAGCUCAAACUGCUAGGGCAGUGCGUGUUCUAGAGAUGGCAACAGGAAUAUUCUCUGCUUUCUUUGUAGCAGUUGAUAUCUUCUUCAUCGUCAUGGAUGCAAAAGAGAUUCACAACAUACGACAGGCGAAGGCUGAGAAACAGUCUAGUGAUAGCAGUAAGUUACACUUGAUGGACACAGACUCCAUGACUAAGCUGAACCCUGAAUGUGAAGAACCAAAGGCUGAGGUCAAGUCAGAGGCCAUGAAGUUCACCCAGACGAUCAGACAGACAGCUGAUCAGCUACAGCAGAGCCUGGACGAGCUAAGUGACGUCAUCUCAUUAAUUCCUAAGAUAGAGGGCUAACACUUAGACAAUUUAAACUAUACUCAGUUGUAGUGAUUGUAAAAUAAUCAGAAACAAGAAAUAGAGCAGAUUGAAUCAGUCCUUGAUACACAAUUUCACUGUAAAACACAGGUGUGGGCGGUGCGACUUUGACACCCAGAUAAGCCUUUAGGUUUUAAUUGUGAGCAAAAUCCCUUUUCUGUUCUUCAAUUCUUAGCUAUGAUAAUAAGUAGGUUGUAGAAACAUAAGUAUACAGUAUAUCUCAGCUUUAGUACUGAAGCACUUUCCUUUCAGGUUAUUACAGUUGACAUGAUUUGAUCUGUACAUUAUUUUCUCACGUAAAAUGAUAUCAGGUGUAUUACACAACUACAAAAUUGUCAGUUGUUUCAAUCUAAUAAUAGCCUACAUGAAAUGGUGAUGGUGAUUGUAUAAAAGUGUAAUUGUUGCAAAGAAAGAUUUAAUCAUUUGUAUGAAAUUAUCCUGGGUAAACAACAUAUAUAAUACAAUCAUAAUCUAUAAAUGUCUGCUUACAAAAAUAAAAAGGACGUUUUAAACUCAA